UCAAGCUCUUCUAAACGCGUUCGGCGUAGCGGUGGCUGAGCGUAGGGUCGCGUUUUACAGGUUCUUCCGACACGAGACGACGAGAAGGCGGGCCGAGGAUGUCAUGCCAGGCAGAGGUGCGACUGAGUCUUCUGUCAUACCAAAGUACACGAGAGUAAGGGUUUCUUGCUGCGGCUUGUCUUGAGUUCUGACGAGCAUGCAUCAUUCCCUGUAGGUAACUCAUGCAGCAGAGAUCACGACGAUCAGUUGGCCCCCUCAAGGUGUAUUGAACCUCGUGAAGCUAAGGGGUGGAUCGUCAGCCUCCCGCCAAGCUCGCAUACACAAUCCGAGGCACGAGUGUAUCGGCGAAUAUGAUAUAAGACGACCGUCACUCCUUUUACAAGCAGGAGGUUAAGGACCAGACGACAUCAGAACGUGCAUUCAACUUAUAGAUCACCGUCAUCACUCCAGUCACCAUUGCCUCCCUCGACCGUGCUCACAGCCCAGAGACCUUGCCCGCAGCCAUAUCAACCCAUCCAUCACCCAGUACUUGCGAGACGGGGCUUGAUUCGCACCCACACACACUCAUAUACACCCAUACAAGCUCUCACAAUGCGUCUCCCAACCUACUUCAUCGCAGCCCUCUGCGCAACUGCAAACGCCCUGCAAGCCAUAGACGUACCAAACCGCGCGAGCGAAGCCAUAGCAGCCGCCAACGCAGCCAUCAAGGAACGUCGCGACCUCAACGCCUGCACAUCCGUCGCAACGUCCCUCCUCCCCAAGAUCACCGACAACGUGCCCACCCCGCCCGCCGACGUGGCCGCCUACCUUGCGCUCUCAGUGACCAUCACGGACGCCUGCUCCGACCCAACUAUCACGGGAUCCAUCGGCUCCGCGUACUCGACCUACGCGUCGUCGUACACCUCGUGGAGAGAUAAGCACAUCACCGACUUCCGCGCGCUGUGGCAGGCUUGCAGCGACGUUCCUGGUAUCGUGGACGUUUUGCCUACGGGUACGAAUCAGUGUAGCUCUGUCGUGGCGCAGAUCACGAGCGCGGGGCCGGUUAACGGCGGCGGGUCUGGAGGCAUCGGGGGGUCGCACAACGCUGCUGCUAAGCCUAGGGAGACCGGGGCCGUUGUUGCGGCGGCGGCCAUGGCUGGAUUCGUUGUUGCUGCUAUCCAGUGAGAGUUGACUUGAUGCGUGUGCCUUUACCUGAAGAAGCAUGGAACGUGGGGAAUGGCCAUGAAGAUAGGGAACGGAAGCUUUUACUGGCAGUAGUUGAUACCUUGAUUGAGGAGGAUGUAAUGAGAAUUAUGACAUUGCUGGGUAUUUCACGUCCUUUUCAGAUAGCAUCAAACAUGACGGAGA